CCUAGCUAACAGCACACGCCGGCCAAUAACGAGUAGUGAUAUAGUAAAUUAGUAAACACUAUAUCACAGUUCAACUUAUUAGUGUCGGACAAUGGGUCAGUAAAAUUGUCAAAAUACCAUUAUAUUGUCGGUCGGUAUAUACAGUGUAACGAGCGAUACGACUAGCGUUGCUGUUGCUUGCACGUCCACGACGAACAUGGUGGAGCAGGGGAGAAAGGAGGAAGAAGAAGAAGGGUCGUCGAGGUGGAGGGUAUUCCGGGCGGCUGAUGAUGCCUGCUCGCCUGUGCGCACCCUGGUGGCACUGUCGCUGUGGCUGGGAGCCAUCCACUUCAACCUCGUUCUUGUCAUCGCCUGCAUCUUCGUCUUCCCAGCUCGUGUCGCCGCGUAGGUGUUAUGCACGCAGUUCUUCUUUAUGUUCCUUCCGGUCAGUGCCACAGACAAAUGGGGCCGCUCCAUCGCGAGGUUCAUAUGCAAACAUGGGCUCAGCUACUUCCCCGUUACUCUGCAUGUGGAGCAUUACCAAGCCUUUGAUCCUAAAACAGCUUACGUAUUUGGUUACGAGCCGCACUCAAUAAUGCCACUCGGUGCAUGGACAUUGAUGGACCUCGUUUCAUUUAUGCCUCUACCAAAGAUGAAGAUCAUAACGGGUAGCACGGCACUCUACGUCCCGUUCAUGAGACAAAUAUGGACGUGGCUUGGCUCAGUUCCUGCAACGAGAGAGAAAUUUUUCUCCCACCUUGCCGAUGGCUACAGCUGUGUUGUUUGUCCGGGCGGGCUACGGGAGACACACCAUAUGAAUUCUGGCUCGGAGGUUGCUUUCAUUAAGUCAAGAAAAGGUUUUGUGAGGAUGGCUAUACAAAAUGGUUCCCCUUUAGUGCCCGUUUUCUGCUUUGGACAGAGCGAUACAUACAGGUGGUGGAAUCCACAUAUCAAAUCACUAUCACGGAUUGCAACAGCAUUGAAAUUCAUUCCUGUGAUCUAUUGGGGGAAGUUUGGGAUGCCAAUACCAUUCCCUUCCCACAUGCAUGUUUUUGUUGGAAAACCAAUCCUUGUUGAGAAAAAUGGUCAACCUACGACUGAUGAGGUAAAUGAAGUCCAUCGACAAUUUGUCAUCGCACUGCAAGAGCUAUUCGAGAAAAACAAAGCUAAAGCAGGAUACCCUAGCCUCCAUCUGCAAAUCAUGUGACUCUAUUCCAAGUGGUUUUAUUUGGCACUUGAUCAAAUACGCUUUGUGGUGCCAUCUAAAUUAGGGAUCAAUUGCACUAGUGUGUUUGAACUCAAUUACUCAAAUACGGCAGUAUUUUGAGCCCCUUUGAGCUAUGUAUGUUCGGUCGACGACCUUUUUAACCCUCUCAUGCUAUGUAUGUUCCUUUCAUCAAGCUAUCAGGACUAUUUGUGAAUAAUUAAUGGAA